AUGAAGCGCAAAGCCGAUGAUGUGGAAAGCUCAUCUAUUGAAAAUGCCAAAAAACGGGCCACCGAUCCCAGCGACAUCUACAACAAUUUUCGCCAAGGCCUCUUCGACUCCAGCAUUGUGAAAGGCUACGCAGAGGAAUACGCAGCGUCUCGCCCGUACAAACAUGCUGUAGUUUCUGGCUUGAUCGCCGAUGAUCUGUUAAGAUCUGUCAGAAGCGAGAUUGUCGACAACAUACACUUCACGCCCAAGGAGACAGACAUCUACAAGAUACACCAAUCUGGAGAUCUUGCCAAUCUGGAUGGCCUUCCAGCUUCAGCGUUGGAGAAAUUUCCCUCGCUAUUGAAGCUUCGCGACUCUCUGUACAGUUAUGAGUUCAGGCAAUGGGUAUCUUCGGUCUCAGGCUCCGGUCCGCUCUCUGGCACAAAGACUGAUAUGGCCGUCAAUGUCUACGUGCCAGGCUGCCAUCUGCUCUGCCAUGACGACGUAAUUGGCAGUAGACGAGUGAGUUAUAUACUGUACUUAACAAAUCCGGACAACUCGUGGAAAGCAGAAUGGGGAGGCGCGCUUCGAUUGUAUCCUACAGAUGAACUCAAAGGAGAGGAUGGUAAAGCCAUCAAAUUGCCUGAGUCACAGUGGAGCAAAGUCAUUCCACCAGCCUGGAAUCAGCUGUCUUUCUUCACCGUGCAGCCCGGAGAAAGCUUUCACGACGUCGAAGAGGUCUAUCAUCGCAGCCAAGGAAUAGAUGAAGAUGACGGUGGUCGGUUCCGCAUGGCGAUUAGCGGUUGGUUUCACAUUCCCCAGGAGGGUGAAGAAGGGUACGAGCCUGGCUUAGAAGAAAGACUGGCUCAAAAGAGCUCUCUGCAGCAACUCCAGGGCAAGGCGGAUGAAUUCGACGAGCCUCAGCACCAAUGGAUAUCACCCCCCGAGCCCGAUAAUGCAAAGGAUGACGGCGUCACUGAUGAGCUCACCGAAGACGACUUGAACUUUCUGAUCAAGUUCAUGACCCCGAACUAUCUCACCCCGGACACUGUCGAGGAGCUGAACGAGCUUUUCGCUGAAGAGUCGGUUCUCCAACUUACAAAUUUCCUAAGUGAGAAGUUCUCAACCUCGCUGCGAACAGCUUUCGAAACAGGCUCCGCGGAUGAUCUCCAAUUUGCCACCUCAAGGCCGCCUCAUAAGCAUCGAUACCAGUAUCUGCGCUUUACCAAGGUCGAAGCUGAGGACUCUCCCAUCCGCCAAGUUCUGGACGACCUUCUUCCCAGCAACGCGUUUCGGAAAUGGCUUUCUCUUGUCACCGGCCUGACUCUCAAACGCUGCUCCGUUCUGAUGCGAAAAUUUCGGAGAGGCCUGGACUACCAACUUGCCCAAGGCUACGAAGGCGAAGAUCCUCAACUUGAAUACACACUUUGUGUCACAACAACUAACGGCUGGAGUGCUGAAGACGCUCCCGUUGAAGCUGAGAACGGCGAAUCUGCCACUGGCAAAUCCAAAGCUGCAGAGCCAAGAGCAGCGGAAGACAACCUAGGCGGGUAUGAAUUGUACAUGGCUGGCGACGAUCCGGAUGACGACGAGGAAGGCUCCGAUGAUGGCGUCGAGAUCCCUGCAAGUAUUGCAUCGAACACCGGAGCAGGGCAGCGCAGAUCUGCCAAGAAGAGCAAGAAGGCUGAUCCGGCGGUGUAUCAAGCCGCAGCAGAUGACGAUGAAGAUGAUGGAAUUCUAUUCAGUAACCCAGCUGCUUGGAACACUAUGAGUAUUGUCCUACGCGAUAAGGGGACGAUGAAGUUUGUCAAGUACGUCUCGCAGGCGGCGCCAGGUGAUCGGUACGACUAUACUGGCUGUGUUGAAGUGGAGGCGGAGGACGACGAGGGAGAAGAGGCAGCGGCAGGAGCGAGCUAA